UUUAAGCACAUAACGGACAGGUGCUGUGCAUCUCAACGUUAAGUUCGAGUUUGUUUCCUCUUGCAAGUGCAUUUAAGUCUGUUUCACUCGCAUUCUGUCGCUGUAACGUCGAAGAGUACGUCAGCUGUCGUCAACUAACUGAAAGAAAACUGUGCGCUUUACUCACGAUGAACACCUUUCACACGUCAUCGAAUGAGGAAGCGAGCACGUUUCCUCAGCUCGAUUUGAGCGGCAAACUUAUCAUAAAGGCGCAGCUAGGCGACGACAUCCGCCGCAUUCCGAUCCACAACGAAGACAUUACGUACGACGAGCUGAUUCUCAUGAUGCAGCGUGUGUUCCGAGGCAAGCUUUCCAGCAACGACGAGGUCACGGUGAAGUACAAGGAUGAAGAUGGUGACCUGAUUACCAUUUUUGACAGCUCAGACCUGUCUUUCGCGAUCCAGUGCAGCCGGAUACUGAAGCUAACGAUAUUCGUGAACCACCAACCAGUUCCAUUGGAACCGGACGAAAUUAAGCACCUCAGGAAGGAACUGCAGGAAAUUAGGAACGUUGUAAACCGCCUGCUGGACAGGUUCGAGCCCCGUCACUUUGUGACCAACAGCUCGGAGCCGGAGGACAGCGCGGGAAGUGCCCCACAGAAGGCCGCAAAUGCUGUCGCACCAAAGGAGUUUGACCCCCUAGCUUCCAAGCAGGCUUCUGGCGACGAGCCCAAUGCACAGAUAAAACCCAAAGGUGAAAAUGGCCGAGUGGGCACUCCAGACAGCAUCUCGAGCUUAGAUUCGGCUGCGGCCACUCAGCAGAAGCUGCAUCUGCAGCAGCAACAACAGCAGCAGCAGCUUCACGCAAUGCAACAGCAGCAAAUGCAUCAGCAGCAGCAGCAGCAGCAUCACUACCCUCAGCAUCCCGGGCAGCCCGGAGUCGCAUACAUGGGUCAGCCAGGACCACAGCAGCCUUAUGCACCCCAAGGGCAUCCUCCACCGCCACAACAGCAGCAGCAACCACCGCCUCCCGCACAGCAACAACAGGCUCCUCCCGGAGGAUAUGCGGGUGCACCACUGCCAACGGUCAGGCCUGCCCCUAUCCCGACUCCUGGGAUGCCAGGCCAGCCACCGCAGGGGCCGUACGGUCAGCCCGCAUACCCACAGACUUCAGUUGCGCAGAGCAUGCCACACGGGCAGCCCUUUCCGCCGGGUGCCACCCCCACUGGAACACAGGGACCACCGCAACCAGGUCCUCCCCAACCGGGCAUGCCCCAGGGCCCCCCUCCGCAGCCAGGGCAACCGCAGCCUCCAUACGGUGGUGCCCCACCCGUGUCACAGGCCUACCCAGGCUACCCACCCCACGCUGCCCCCUCCUCCCAAGCUGGCCCCUACCACUCAAAUCCCAGCCCAACUCCAAGCAGUGCCGGGAAUCCUUACGCCAGAGGAGGGUCCCUCCCCACCUCCUAUCCGCGGCCAGCACCCGCAGCUUAUCCCCAGGGGUACCAGUAACAUGGAGCCAAGCGAUGGCUACA